AUAUAUAUAUGUGACUUGAUCGAUUAGUCGCUUAUUUGUUGUUUCUUUAGCUUUAUUAAUUGUCAUUUUUCGAUUGUAAGUGAUUCUUAUUCUUUUAAUUUAUUAUUUGAUUGAAAAUGCCGUUUGCGAAAACUGUCAAUGGUCACGAUAGCUUCCCAGCUGUCAAACGGUUGGCUAAUAACGACGUGCUGCAAACGAAUGUAAAGGAUGCACAAAAUACGUACACCUUUGAAACAUUACAGGAAUCAGCACAAUAUUUAUUGAACCGCAUCAAGAUUAAACCAAAAAUAGGGAUUAUAUGCGGUUCAGGAAUGGGAUCAUAUGAGCAAAACGAGUUGUGUCCAGGUUCGAUCGCGGAAUCCCUCGUGGACAAGCAAUGCUUCCCCUAUGAAGAAAUCCCACAUUUUCCGGUAUCGACGGUAAAAGGACAUACUGGUCAGAUGGUCUUUGGUUAUCUUCAAGGUGUACCAGUUAUGUGCAUGCAAGGCAGAUUCCAUUAUUACGAAGGUUAUCCACUUUGGAAGUGUGCCAUGCCAGUAAGAGUGAUGAAGCUGGUAGGUGUGACACAUUUAAUUGCUACGAAUGCGGCCGGUGGUCUAAAUCCCACCUAUAAAGUAGGUGAUAUCAUGAUAGUGAAAGAUCAUGUGAAUAUGAUGGGUUUUGCUGGCAAUAAUCCGCUUCAAGGACCAAAUGAUGAUAGGUUUGGGCCUCGAUUUCCGCCUAUGAAUAAAGCCUAUAAUCCCACGCUCAUGGAAAUCGGUAAACAAGUAGCUGAAGAGAUGGGUAUUGGCGAUAUUGUACAUAAGGGAGUUUAUACGUGUUUGGGUGGACCUAAUUUCGAAACAGUGGCAGAAUUGAAAAUGUUGCGAAUGAUCGGCGUCGAUGCAGUUGGUAUGUCUACGGUUCAUGAGGUGAUCACCGCUCGGCAUUGCGAUCUGACCGUGUUCACGUUCAGCUUAAUCACUAACCAAUGUGUUACUGAUUACGAAGAUCACUACGAAGCAAACCAUGAAGAAGUGAUGGACGUUGGCAAAGCACGACAGCCGAUUCUUCAAGAAUUUGUGUCCAGAAUUGUGAUACGUCUCAGAGAUAUUCUGCAAUUGACGACAAAAUAAUUCAUUUUUUAUGCUGAUCAAGAUACUUAAUUCACUUUUUUACU